AUGGCUACCGGCCGACCAAGAUGGCCCCCUGCCUAUACCACCCCGUGUAACUGCCUGGCAGACGGCAUCCGCGGGCAGACCGGAUCGUUCGGGACGCAGCAAGAUGGACAGGGCCCUCACUUGAACCUGAACUACGACGGCAUCGGCUGUGUUCGUAAGCAUAAAUCGCUGCUAUCUUAUUCUCCUAACCUGGAGAUGACUGUUUCUCAUCCUCCUGUUAUAAUGGACUCCAAAGGAAAGGUGCAUAAGUUCACUCCAGAUGUCGCCAAGGCAUUUUGCGCCUUCUAUGAGGCUUUGUAUAAUUUACCCCCUCCCAAUGGGACUACCCCCGGUGAUCUCUCCGAAGCCACAGAUAAAUUUUUGCAGACCCUGAACCUCCCUUCCAUAUCCUCAUCCAAAGCUUCCCUUCUGACUAGGCCCAUCUCUGAUUCGGAGAUUCGUAAGGUUCUCAUGUCUAUCCCCUCAGGUAAAAGCCCUGGGCCCGAUGGAUUCUCCAUUGCAAUUUUCUACUCCUCCCUUGGUAUCCAUUAUUAUCUUUCCUCAGGUUGGGUUUAUUCUGUGACAGUGACAAGCCCUGAGAAAAUAGUAGUAGGAAAAUCCGGCUCCACCGUGGUCCUGCCUUGUCUGUACUCCACUACCGUGGGUAAUCAAUUUGUGGUAGAAUGGAAGUUUUUAGCCGGAAACGGCCAAUCAUCAAAAUGGCAGCAGAUUUAUUACUUUUCUGAUGGAAAGACGUAUAAACCGGGGUCCCAGGCAGACCGUCUGACUGCUGUCCAGAACCCCCCAACAUCAGGGGUCGCCUCUAUCCAGCUGACCAAUAUCGUAUGGUCAGAUAAUGGCACUUAUGUUUGUGAAGUAAAUAAUCCUCCUGAUUUCAGCGGCAGUGGAUCAGGCAUCAUGCAGCUGUCGGUCCUCGUUCCUCCAACUUAUCCAACAUGUCAGUCUAAUGGAAACACCAUCACGGGCCAAGAUGCCACCCUGACCUGCUCCUCCACUGGUAACCCCUCACCCAUCUACAGUUGGUCCAUAGUGGGCGCAAAAACUGCACUACUGCCAGGAAUGAUGGAAAAUGAGAUAACGGGAUCCUUACUGCUCACUAACCUGUCUGAGCCAAUGUCUGGUACUUACCGCUGUACGGCCUCCAAUGAAAUGGGACAAUCCACAUGUCAAGUGACCAUAUCAGUAUCAAGUGCCGGUGAAGCCGGGGUUGUGGCCGGUGCUGUGGUUGGGGUUCUCCUGGCGCUGAUUGUCAUCGCUGCCAUUCUAUUUUAUUUGCUCUUUUAUAGAAAGAAAAGAAAGGAUGCCCCAAAAUCUGAUCACCCAGGAAAUGAAAUCAGGGAGGAUGCUGUGUCUCCAAUGAUGAGUGACGAGCAGAGGCGUCCCAGGGACUCUCAUUAUUCCCGAGGAUCCCAAGACAGAAGCGAGAACCGGGCACGGGUUGUGUAA